AGGUCUACGUAAUCAUUAAUCGACAAGCUAGCAGCAUGCUAACGCUGUUAGAUAAAGCAAAACGUUUUUUGUCUAUUGACUUUUUGCUUACCCCGUUUGCCCAAUUUCAAGUAGCUAACUUUAGGAACAAUGCCGAAAGUCGUCUCACGAAGUGUUGUUUGUUCAGAUACCCGAGAUCGAGAGGAAUACGAUGACGGAGAAAAGCCUCUUCAUGUUUAUUAUUGUCUGUGUGGGCAAAUGGUGUUGGUUCUCGACUGUCAACUGGAGAAACUACCGAUGCGGCCACGAGACAAAGCAAGAGUAAUAGAUGCUGCCAAACAUGCACAUAAGUUCUGUAAUGUAGAAGACGAUGAGAAUGUUUACAUAAAAAGGGCAGAGGGAAUUGAAAGGCAGUAUCGCAAGAAAUGUGGAAAGUGUGGCCUACUUCUUUUCUAUCAACACCAAAUGAAGAAUACUCCAGUUACAUUCAUCGUUGAUGGAGCUGUUGUCAAGUUUGGCCUUGGGAUUGGGAAUACCAGUGUCUACAGUCAAAAGCCAGAGGCUCCUAAAAAAGUCAGGGUAAUGAUGACAAAAAGGACCAAAGACAUGGGGAAAUUCAGCUCUGUCACCGUGUCUACCGUUGAUGAGGAGGAAGAGGAAAUUGAGGCGAGAGAAAUUGCUGACUCGUAUGCCCAGAAUGCUAAAGUGAUUGAGAAGCAGUUGGAAAGGAAGGGGAUGAGCAAGAAGAGACUACAAGAGCUGGCUGAACUGGAGGCAAAGACAACCAAGAUGAAAGGCACCCUCAUCGAUAACCAGUUCAAAUAGAGGGAUGUGGGAUGUGAGAGAAGCAGGACAGUUGUACAUACUUUAACUCAAAUGUACAUAGAGAUUUGCACUCUAUGGCCCCUUUGAAAUGUAUUAUGAAGCAUUUUGGCUAUGUUUUAUAUACUGUAAGAAAAUUGUUAUGUUGAUUUAGAUUUAAAUGUGGAGCAGUGACAUACAGUAAUGUUAUUUUGAAUUUGAUUUGUAAAUUCAGCUGAGAAAUAAAAUGUGCUUGAAUUAAGUAUUGAUGCUUGAAGUACUAUCGCACUAUAUAUGGAAACCAUAGCAGGAAAAGUGGUUGUUAUCGAUUUAACAGGAAUGCACACUUAGAUGAGAUUAAUUCCAAUUUGUAUUAUUUUGUCACAGCUGUUCUAUAAUAUGUAUUUGUAUGUUUUAUGUGGAUCCCAGGAAGAGUAGCUGCUGCACGUGCAGUAGCUAAUAUGGAUCCAAAUAAACUAAACUUGCAGGUGAA